CUUAGUAAGGAAUAACUUGUUUGUUAUUUUUCCCGUAAAUGAAAUCGAAAAAUGUACAUAUACGAAUUACCUUUUGAUAUAAAUAAGGAGUUGUGUAGAUUGCUCGAUAAUGACGAUGAUUGGAAAGAUCUUGCUGGUAUACAUAUGAAGUAUUCAGCUUUUGAAGUAAAUGAAAUAGAACAAAUGGCAAAGCGUCAGGCAUCCUCUCCAACUAAUCAGCUUUUUACAAGAUGGGGUCAAUUAAACCAUAGAGUAGAAGAAUUAUUUAUUCUAUUGUAUAGAAUGAAACAUAUACCUGCUUUGCGUUGCCUGGUGCCUGUAGUUGAUGGGAGGUUCCAUAGAUUACUUCAUAAACAUGACAGCAAGAGUAUUAGGGACAGAAGCACUUUAGAUGUCAAUGCAAACAGACUGAUGACACAGAAAAUAGAGGGCAGUGAAUCAUCCUUACCAUUACCAGUCAUGCUGUUUGAAAAGCAUGGACAAUUUCCAACACCAAGCCGAGUCUUCGAUGUACAUUCGCCAAAUCCACAAACUACAGACGACUCUAAUACCGAUUCAACAAAGAAUUCGUUACCGCAAAGUCAAGAUGGGAGCUUAGGGGAUGAAUUCCUUAAGAGCAUAUCAGCUAUACCAAUGCUCAGCUAUGACGACUUAAAGACUGCAACCAAUGAUUGGAACGAGGCUAAUUUACUCGGCAAAGGUGGUUUUGGACAAGUAUUUAAAGGCGAAUGGAAACUAUUACCGCUCGCUGUGAAACGUCUGAAGGACAACGAUGAUAAAAACAAGGAGUUAAUUAGAGAGAUGUGUCUGAAUCAGUAUAGACAUGAUAAUAUAUUGCCCUUAUAUGGAUACAGCUUGGGAGGCCCGGAAGCAUGUCUGGUAUAUCAAUUAAUGGCGGGUGGAUCUUUGGAACAGAGACUAAGAGGGAAGACAUUACACCGGCCACUUUCAUGGGGACAACGGUACAGGAUAGCUCACGGUGUUGCCAGAGGACUCCAAUACUUGCACACGAUGGCUGGUACGCCGCUAAUACAUGGAGAUAUUAAGCCAGCUAACAUCCUACUGGACCAGUGCUCUAUACCCAAAAUUGGAGACUUCGGCCUUGCAAGGAAGGGGCCGUAUGGAGAGGAUCGAACACAUUUGAAAGUGUCUAGAGUUCACGGUACUCGUCCCUACUUACCAGAUGAGUACUUGCGGUCCCGGGUUCUAUCUCCUGCGGUAGACGUGUUCAGCUAUGGAGUUGUGAUGCUGGAAAUGGCGACGGCCCUACCGGUCCUCGACAGGACCAGGAAGGUUCUCCUACUGAGUGAUUUCAUGCAUCAGCAGGCCAGGGAAAAUGUGCCUUUUUCAAUAUUAGAAGACCGUAUCCUCAGAGGGACUACGAACUCAAAUCCCAUACUUUGUUCAGCCUUUAUAGAAAUCGGUUUACACUGUACUAGACUAAUCCGACACGAAAGGCCAUCAAUGUUGGAUGUGUAUAAAAGACUUGACGCCAUAGACUUUCCAGAUAAACAUUACGCCUAGUUUGCUAUUUUGUAAACUGACAAUGUAAUUUAAAUUGGAUUCAUAAAUAGUCUGAAACGUUUAAAGUCAAUAUACCCGAGACCAUUGUUUUUUUAUAACAUUUAACUGUUAUAUUUCCAGACAAAUUUGACUAAACCUUUUAACAGUUUGAAAAUAACGAGACUUGGCGUUAAGCCGACUUCCAAACGUUUAACAUAAGAGUUUGCGAUAAGUUAUCUUCCUGAAUAUUACAUUAAGAAAAUAUAAAAUCAUCAAGGAAGCUUAUAUGUUAUUCUGACCUUAGAUAUAGUACAGACAAUAAUUUAUUUUUUAAGUUAUCUUGAAGUAUUAAAUCAACUGAAGCUAUACGUGAAACUAUGACAACUUUUAAAGUAAAAGUCAGUAACAGAGUAAAGUUUGCUAUAUUGACGAACAAAGCGAAGCAAAUCUGUCUCAUAUAAAUAAAUAUAUAAGUUCCCUAGAAUUGUUUCUGCUCUUGCGCCGAAAGUGGCCUUAAACUAGUAUUAUGAGUAGUUAUUAAGACAUGUAUAUCAUCAUUGUUAUCGAUUAUUUUUAUUAUUUAUGUGACUGA